AUGAAACGUGGGGUCGCCAGCGCACCACAUCCUGGAACGUUCCCAGCUCGCAGAAGGGAAUUUACAUCGUGGCUGACGCAGGCGUUCGCUUUUCUGGUCUGUCUGGCCGGAGCAAUCCUGUCUCUACCUCCUCCCCCGCCAGCCAUGUUCUCGUCGUUUGGCAUCCUCGCUAAUUACUUCAAUUACGCACUGCUGGCUCUCGCGUCCCCCACACCAGUCGAGAUUCCUUUGGUUGCGCCUGCGAGGGAAGGACACCGGCGUUUUUUUGACAUCCAGGCGCACCGUGGCGGCAGAGGAAACACAAUCGAGAACACCCUGCCCAGUUUCGCGUGGGGUCUCAUUGAUGGCGCCGCCACGUUAGAGUUAGACAACGGGAUCACGAAGGAUGGGGUCGUCGUCGUGUGGCACGACGAGAACAUCACACCGGAGAAAUGCGUCGACACCUCGCCCGUCUUUUCGGGCGAUCCUGACUUUCCUUAUGUGGGGAAGUUUAUUGCCAACCUUACUCUGGCCCAGCUGAAGACCCUGGACUGCGGGUCGAAGCGGCAAGACGGCUACCCGAUGCAGCUGACGUAUCCCGGGACACGGAUAUCUACGUUGCAAGAGGUGUUCGACUUUGCGGAGUGUGCGGAUCCGGCGCACCAGAUUUUGUGGAACAUAGAAUCGAAGAUCAACGCCCAGCACCCGAACCGUACAUUAGGCGUUGACGACUAUGUGACCAAGCAGAAUGCAAUAUUUUCUACCAGCCCUUAUUCCUCAUCGAUCACGUACCAAAGCUUUGAUUGGCGCACACUCGUUGCUAUGAAGGCUGUCAACCCAUACAUAGUCACGUCUGCCCUCAUAGACGACGAGACUGCGAGUAUGUCAGAUAACAGCACUACACCGUGGCUGGCGGGGCUUCGGUUAGAUUCGUUCCCAGGGCCCACGUUCGGUGCCCAGGUCGCGCAGGCUGCACACUUAAUUGGGGCCGACAUCCUCUCCCCUGGGGCUAAGUCGCAGGACUCUCCUGUACCGGAUCCUAUGAUGGAUGGAUACCAGACUUUCACGACGCGAGGCAUGAUUGAGGAGAGCCACAAGCUCGGAAUGGAAGUCAAAGUGUGGACGGUAAACCGCAUGAAUAUUGCUGAGCAGAUGUUGGAGUGGAAGGUGGACGGUAUUAUAUCUGAUUAUCCUAAUGUUGUGCGGCGUUUAAUCAAGCAGCGCGGCUUGCCGUCUGCUCCCAAAUACCCCAAGCAGAGAGUGCUUACAUGUUUAGAGGAACAUCUGGUGAAGCAGCAGUUGUGA